GCAAAAGGAACACUUUUUGCAAAAACUAAAAAGUGAGAGAGAAAAUGAUGAGGCUGCUGUGCAUCACUAUAGUCUGCUUGAUCCUGGCUGGCAGUGCGUACAGUGAAGAGACGAUCUUAACAGUCAAGGUUUCUGCUGAACUAGGUGGCAACAUCACCCUGCCUUGCAGGAUCUUGUCCUCAGACACGGUGUCCUUUGGCAACAACGGACACCGGAUAAAAUGGACAAAGGUGGAAGAUGAUGAAGCUCUGAACGAGGAUGUGCUGGUUAAAAUGGGACCACACAUAAGGGCCUAUGAGAGCUUUGAGGGCCGUGUCUUCUUGCAGAACCUCGACAGUGAAGAUGCCUCUUUAAUAAUGACUGAAGUCUCCAUGGACGACAAGGGAAAAUAUCACUGUGACAUCGAUAACGGGAUUGAAGAUUCACUGCAAGAGGUUAUCUUGGAGGUGCAUGCUGGUCUGAUGACUGGUGUCGUGUUCCCAUACUACCCUCCUUUGGGCCGAUACAACCUGAACUUCAACAAUGCCGUGCAAGCCUGUGAGGACCAGGAAGCUGUGAUUGCCUCACAUGAACAGCUGCUUGCUGCGUGGAAAGGCGGUUUGGAUUGGUGCAACGCUGGAUGGUUAAGUGACGGCACAGUGCAGUAUCCUAUCACCAAACCCAGACAUCCUUGUGGUGGCUCCAACAAUGAGCCUGGCCUCAGAACCUAUGGACGCCAAGAGAAGAUUAGGCAAUUUGAUGUGUUCUGCUAUACUACUGCACUCAAAGGUCAUUUCUAUUGGCUGGUCCAGCCUGAAAGGCUGACCUUCGAUGAGGCUGUGGAGGCAUGCAGAGAUGAUGGUGCAGAGAUUGCCAAGGUGGGCCACAUGUUUGCUGCCUGGAAGCUUGAAGGCUAUGAUCGCUGUGAUUCCGGCUGGCUGGCUGAUGGAAGUGUCCGGUACCCCAUCUCCAGGCCGCGGAAGAACUGCAGCCCCACAGAAGAAGCAGUGCGCUUUGUUGGGUUUCCCGACAAGACAGUGAAGUCUUAUGGCGUGUAUUGCUUCAAGCCUGAUCAGUGAUGGGUUAGAUAGGUCUAAAUAAGCCAUGACCACCAAAGAGCAGCAAAAGCCACAACCAGUAAAAUAAACAAUGAAGCAGAUAAGCUUUUGAUCUAAUCUAGCAUGAACCCAGUACCUUUCUAAAGCUGUGAUAACCCUAAAAAUACAUAUAUAUACAUACAUGCAUACAUCUUAUACCCUCCUAAGAAUUAAAAAAAUGACCUGUAGCUAUUAUGUUUUGCAUUUUCCUAUAGGUGGCUUUCAUUGGUUUUACACAGAGUAUUAAGUAAAGGUCUAUUUUGUCAAAAUGUGACUGAUGAA